GCCUGGCUACACUGACGGUUGAGGCGGACGCGUCUUGAGCGUGGUCGACCGUGGGGUCGGAACUUGUUUGGGGGGGAAUGAGCCAAGGGGAAGACGCCGAGGCCAAAAGUAUUUUAUAGAGAUUGAUGGAAGCAGAAACCAAAACUCUUCCCCUGGAGAACGCGUCCAUCCUGUCAGAGGGUUCCCUGCAGGAAGGACACCGGUUAUGGAUUGGCAACCUGGACCCCAAAAUCACAGAAUACCACCUCCUGAAGCUCCUCCAGAAGUUUGGCACAGUGAAGCAGUUUGACUUCCUCUUCCACAAGUCGGGUGCUUUGGAGGGACAGCCUAGAGGGUACUGUUUCGUGAACUUUGAAACUAAACAGGAAGCAGAGCAAGCCAUCCAGUGUCUCAAUGGCAAGCUGGCUCUAUCCAAAAAACUGGUGGUGCGAUGGGCCCAUGCUCAGGUCAAGAGAUACGAUCAUAACAAGAAUGAUAAGAUCCUCCCGAUCAGCCUUGAGCCGUCCUCCAGCACUGAGCCCACUCAGUCCAACCUCAGUGUCACUGCAAAGAUAAAAGCCAUCGAAGCAAAGCUGAAGAUGAUGGCAGAAAAUCCCGAUGCCGAAUACCCAGCAGCACCUGUUUAUUCCUACUUUAAGCCGCCAGACAAAAAAAGGACUACUCCUUACUCCAGAACAGCUUGGAAAUCUCGAAGAUGAUGGUCACGAAUCACCGCAGCAGCAAAAGCAUAUCGGUCUCCACACCUGAAAUCCUCUCUGCCUUUGUACUUUGUGGAUGUGACUGGUACUAUAAUGGAGCACAAUCACAUGUUAGAAUAGAGUUUGGUAAAAUAACAUUUUUGGAUGUUCCUAUGGAUGUUUCUACCCUGAAGUAUGUGUGGAAUUGAGCAUCAUCCAGAAUAAACAGGAUUGUAUCCAAAAUUGUGAUUUGAACACUGGGAUCCUCUGGUUGUCUGGUUUGUUUGGAUUUGUAACUCCAGAAACACUGUAUCAUGUGCCAGAGAGAAAGGCAAACUAAAAAAAUGUUAUUAUUUAAAUCAGGAAACUAAAUUUAUUAUUGUCUUUCUUAAAAGAAAAUAGAACGUUUUUCUGGGCUCAAGUGUCUUUACAGCAUGAAGGAGACAGGGAGGGAAGUGAGAGGUUUUGAGUCAUGUUCGGAACUGUGGUUCCAGAAUUCACUGGGAAUCCCUCCAACUGGACUGAAAAGGAAAAAGUUCUUGGCAAAAGGGAGCUGGUUCUUUGAGUAAGUGUUGUGGUAAUCUGUUUAAGAAUUAUGCUUAUUGUUUUAAAAUCCCAAUUAGGAAAAAUAUGAUGUAUAUCUUAAAAUUGUGCCAACAAAACUGUAGACUCAAAUUUAGCAUUUUGUACUACAAUGGAAGUUCUAUUUGGAAAUCCAACUUUUAUUCUAUAGUGAUCAUUUUUUAAAAAUCUAAAUAAUCCUGCCUUCUAUACCCAAUAGCAUUAGUAACACGGGACUUUUAAAAUGCACUUAGUUACUGCAUGAGGUUGUUUUUACAGCAUGAGAUGUUCUGUUUGGAAUUGUGUCACGGUCACUCUAAAUAGGAAAAGAAAAUAUCUUUGAAAACCUAGACGUUUCUGUAUUGAUCUCUGUCAGACAUUAUUACUGAUCAUUGUUUAGGGGUCUGAGUAGGAGAAACUGUCUUGUGCCGGGCAAGGGGGGGGCCCGUGCAGGGCACAGGCUCUGCUCCAGCACCUGGAUGGUGGCGCCCUCCUGUUCUGUGUAGUUUUUAAAGGCUUGAAAGACUGCAUGACUCACAGCGACAAGGAGAGAAAGAUAAAUCCUGUGCGUUUGAGAGUGUGCUUAGUUUGUGCCGUUUUGGUGCUGGGUCGACAGGCCAUUUCGCUGGGUCGCACUGUCGUUUGUUUACCAGGUAAAUCUAUUUUUUUUUUUUUUUACCUUAGGUGUCAUUCUUAGUGAUUACAGACUUUUUUUUUUUUACCAUUAUCCUUAGCAAGAGGAAGCUUUCACUAUAAGUCUUCCUGUGAGCAUACAUGAAUUUAAGACACUUGAUCCAAAAUGUCAGCAUAGUGAGGUUUCAGAGUUCACAGAAUGAGUUCAGAGAAUUUCUUGCCAUAUUUCCCAAGGUAAAUCUUUUUUAGAUAUCUUUAGGUAUUCAGUACUUUCUGCGUUUAGUAGCUCUAUGAUGCAAAUAACUCUCCUUCCAUUUGGGGGACGGUUCAGGGGGUGGAAGCAUCAUGUCCCAUCCUUUUGGUGACCUUCUUAAAGUACAGAAUUCACCAUUUUGUCCUCGAGUCUUCAAAGGGUUGUGGUGAAAUAGGACUUACUUAAUGCAAAAUAGUCUUCUAUUUUUAAUAGGAACUUAGAAAAUACUUGACUUUGAAUAUCUCGAGUUGUUUCCUUUAGACACCAGAACUAUUUAUUUGUAUUUAAAGCAAUGUUUAUUAUUUGUACCAACUCUUACACCUCUGUGUGAAUAAAUGUGAGACUGUG